UCUCUUCCUGGUCCCUCCGUCCUGUCUUUCUAUGGAGCCGAAGGUAGUUCUCAUCACAGGCUGUUCCUCUGGAAUCGGUCUGCAUCUGGCACUUCGCCUGGCUGCUGAUCCUUCAGGCAGCUUCAAAGGUGGGAAGACCAGUGUGGAGGUGGGGGUGGGGGCCUCUGGUUUCACGGAAGGAGGGAAGGGAAGUUUUGUCUCCUGCAGGGAAGCCCUAAUUCCAGGGAAUCCAUCCUCCCCCUCAGUAUAUGCCACUUUAAGGGACCUCGAGUCUCAAGGCCCUCUGUGGGAGGGGGCACGGGCUCGAGGCUGCCCUCCAGGCUCCUUGAAGACGCUACAGCUCGAUGUGACCGACUCCCACUCGGUGGCAGCUGCCCGAGACCACGUGACUGAGGGCCGAGUGGACAUUCUGGUAUGUAAUGCCGGCCGUGGCCUGCUCGGGCCACUGGAGGCCCACGAGGUAGACACUGUGGGCUCCGUGCUGGACGUCAAUGUGGCGGGGACAGUCCGUACGCUCCAGGCUUUCCUUCCCGAUAUGAAGCGACGCCGCUCUGGCCGGGUGCUUGUCACUGGGAGCGUUGGCGGCUUGAUGGGCUUGCCCUUUAACGCAGUUUACUGCGCAAGCAAGUUUGCGCUGGAGGGUCUAUGUGAGAGUCUGGCUGUGCUGCUGCCGCCCUUCGGUGUUCACAUCAGCCUUAUAGAGUGUGGCCCUGUACGCACGGCUUUCCAGGAGAAGCUGGAGGGGGGUCCUGGCGGAAUACUGGGAAGCGCCGACCUGGAGACGCGGGCUCUCUUCUCCCGCUACCAACGCCACUGUGAGCGGCUCUUCCGGGAAGCGGCACAGGACCCAGAAGACGUGGUGGAGGUGGGAGGUAGCGGGGUCCGGAGAAGCCUGGAAGCAGACGCGAAGUGCCAUCGAGGGGAACCGUCAGUGACUUGGGCAGUGGUGGUGGCUUUGGUCAGCAUGUCUGCCUUCCGAUCCGGCCUUUUGGUGCUGACAUCCCCGUUGGCAGCCCUGACCCCACGCCUGGCACCCAUUCUGACCUCCGCAGCUCGACUGGUGGAGCAGACCCUCUACGUCCAUCUGCAGCCUGGCCUCAGCCUGGGUGGGCCGGCCCAGCCUCACUCCAGCCACGUGCAGGCCACUGUGGAAGUCAUCAACCUCAUUACUGGCCUAUAUGCUGGGGCUGAUGCCUACAGACACCUGGACAUCCGCAUCCUGCUGACGAACAUCCGUACCAAGAACCCAACCCCACCACCUUCACUUGGCUCUGUGCAGAACCUGGCCCACCCUCCUGAAGUGGUGUUGACAGACUUCCAGACCCUUGAUGGGGGCCAGUACAACCCAGUCAAGCAACAGCUAGAGCGAUAUGCCACCAGCUGUUACAGCUGCUGCCCUCAGCUGGUCUCUGUGUUGCUCUACCCAGAGUAUGAUCCAGGAGAUGCUUCCACGGAUCCAUCAGUGGCACCCUAUUCCGCUGUUCCUUGCUCAACCUCCCCUAUGCCUAGAUCUCCCAAACACUCCCUACAGGGCUACAAUCAUGUGGCAGUUGGGGGAACAUUUGAUCACCUGCACAAUGCCCACAAGUUGCUGCUUACAGUUGCCUGCCUCCUAGCCCAAAAGAGGCUCAUGGUUGGAGUAGCAGACAAAGAUUUGUUGGAAAAUAAAGUGCUCCGGGAGUUACUCCAACCAUAUACAGAUAGGGUGAAACAUCUGAGUGAGUUCCUGGUGGACAUGAAGCCAUCCUUGGUCUUUGACAUAGUCCCCCUCCUAGAUUCCUAUGGUCCAGCUGGCACUGACCCGUCCUUGGAGUGCUUGGUGGUUAGCGAGGAGACUUAUCGUGGGGGUUUGGCUGUCAACUGCCGACGCCUUGAGAAUGGCCUGAAAGAGCUGGCUUUGCAUCAGAUUUUGUUGCUGAAGAACCCAGACCACAGAGAGAAUGAGGAAGACAAAGUUAGCUCCUCCAGUUUCCGUCAGCGAUUGCUGGGAACCCUCCUUCAACCUCCAAAUAAGAGACCAGACCUUCCCUCCAAUGUCUAUGUAGUGGGGCUAACAGGAGUGAGUGGCUCAGGCAAAAGUUCAGUGGCCCUGUUACUGAAAGCUCUGGGGGCAAAGGUCAUUGAUAGUGACCAGCUGGGACAUCUGGCCUAUGCACCUGAUGGCCCUGCCUACCAAACUGUGAUAGAGGCCUUUGGAACUGAUAUUCUUCAUGAGGAUGGCACCAUCAACAGAAAGAUUCUAAGCAGUCGAGUGUUUGGAAACAAGAAACAGCUGAAGAAGCUCACAGACAUUAUAUGGCCAGUCAUUGCCAAGAUAUGCCAAGAGGAGAUUAACAAAGCUGCAACUGAGGGGAAGACUAUAUGCGUGAUUGAUGCGGCCUUGCUGCUGGAAGCCGGCUGGAACAACAUGGUCCAUGAGGUGUGGACAGUCAUUGUCCCAGAGACAGAGGCAAUAAGGCGCAUCAUGGAGCGUGAUGGUCUGAGUAAAGCUGAUGCCCAGGGCCGCCUGCAGAACCAAAUGAAUAAUCAGCAUCGUGUGGAUCAGAGUAAUGUGGUGUUGAGUACAAUCUGGGAGCCACAUAUCACCCAAACACAGGUGGAAAAAGCGUGGACUCUCCUGCAGGAGCGAAUCAAGAGACAGUAAUUCACUCGUGGAAGCUUCUCAGUUUGAUCCUUGAUUGCUGAUGAUUGAUGGAUGUGGUGUGGGAGAAUCCGCAGAGGGCAGGUCCCGCCGCCCAUGGGGAGGGCUCCUGGGGUUUUCCCAAGGGCUAGGCCCAGACAGAGGCAGUGCUGAGCUGCUCAGGCUGCGGUGUGGUGGGGCAGCCGGGUUGGAGGCACGGGCCACCCGCAAAACCCCAGCAGCCACCGCUGGGCUGGAGGAAGGGCACAGGGGACCCCUGCCUUCUCUGCUUGGUGUGUCUGGGGCCCCACGGCUGGCUGGGACCAGGGGUGAAAGUACUCAACUAAUUAAAGCCGAAUUUUCCUGUAA